GCAAUGGCUGCUACCAUGAAUUUGGAACUUGAUCCCAUUUUUUUGCAAGCUCUUGGCUUCUUACAUUCGAAGAGUAAGGAUUCUGCUGAAAAACUGAAAGCUCUACUUGACGACUCUUUGGCUCGGGGCAUUGAUUGCAGUUACCGUCCAUCUCCAAAGGAUAUUGAGCCACCCAAAAUUUCAAGCACAAAAACUAUUUCCAUUAAGCAAGAGCCCAAAACUUCUUCUAGUCUUCCUUCUGGUAAUAAUAAUAAUGGCAAGGUCCUCACAACAGAAAAAGUAAAGAAAGAAGCUGAAAAGAGACCUGCUGAUAAAAUAAAAUCUGACAUAAAUGAAGGAGUUGAUGCACCAAAAAAACCAAGACUGCAGAAACCAGAAACGCAUUCUUCUCCUAUUACUGUCCAAACGAGCAAAGAUUUAGCUAUGGCUGACCUUUCUAGCUUUGAGGAGACUAGUGCUGAUGAUUUUGCCAUGGAGAUGGGAUUGGCCUGUGUUGUAUGCAGGCAAAUGACAGUGGCAUCUGGUAAUCAACUAGUAGAAUGUCAAGAGUGCCAUAAUCUCUACCACCAGGAUUGCCACAAACCCCAAGUGACAGAUAAGGAAGUGAAGGACCCUCGCCUGGUGUGGUGUUGUGCACGGUGUACCAGACAAAUGAAAAGAAUGGCUCAAAAAACUCAGAAGCCAGCACAGAAACCAGCCCCCACAGUUUCUGUCGUUCCAGCUGCCAAAGAUCCAUUGGUUAAGAAACCAGAAACGAAACUAAAACAAGAGACCACAUUUCUGGCAUUCAAGAGGUCAGAAGUCAAGGCAUCCACAGUUAUUUCAGGGAAUUCUUCUAAUACCGGUGUUUCCUCUUCAGUAACUAGUGGCCUAACUGGAUGGGCAGCUUUUGCAGCCAAGAUCUCCUCUGCUGGUCCAUCAACAGCGAAAUUGAGUUCAACAACACAAAACAAUAGUGGGAAACCUACUACCUCAUCAACUAACCAGAAGCCUGUGGGUUUGACUGGUCUGGCAACGUCAUCCAAAAGUGGAAUAGCUUCCAAAAUAGCUUCCAGUAACAGCUCCACACCUACUGUACCUUUGAAACCACUUCCACCUCUAACCUUAGGUAAAACAGGCCUUAGUCGCUCAGUUAGGUGUGACAAUGUUAGCAAAGUGGGUCUUCCUAGUCCAAGUAGUUUAGUUCCAGGAAGCAGUAGGCAAGUGAGUGCUAAUGGGAAUAGUGGAACAUCAGGGCCCAGUGGAAAUACCACCAGUAAAAGCACUUCAGAGUCUAGCAGCUCUUCUUCGGCAUCCCUUAAAGGUCCAACUUCACAAGAAUCCCAGCUCAAUGCUAUGAAGCGAUUCCAGACAGUCAAGAAGAAAGCAGCCCAAAAGAAGCUCAAGAAGUAAUGUGGCCAAGUAGGUUUUACCUCAUGUUUCCUUCCACCUAAAAAAGAUUAAUAUCUUAUUAGGAAAAAACUCUAAAGAUUAUAAUUGAAUAAAAAUCUUAAUAAU